AUGGAUACGAAGUUCGAACUCUUUGAUGAUGGCAAGUCCGAUUUUAAUGCACCUCCAUCAUACGAUGCAGUUUCCAUGUCCUCGAUAUCAACAGAUUCCGUCCAAUGCAGACCGCCACCUGUAUUUUCCAAGGAACAGACUAAGCAGAUACGUACCACCGUUCUAUCUCUCAUCCGUGAUAUGGUCACCGCACCGGAUUUCAUCCCUUCCUCUGUCGGCCCAAUUAUCGAUGCCUGCGCUACUUCUCUCCCAGCUGCAGAGCUCACAGCUCUUCUUCAAGAAUCCAAUAUUGCCGGUCAUACACCCUUGUAUUGGGCAGUCGUGAAUAAUCGACCAGAAGCUCUUUCAGCCUUCUCUAAAUUCAUCACCAUAUACACGUGUGAUUCCCUUGACGACAUACGUCUAGCAUGUAUGGCAACUAGCAACCAUGCAUGGUUUACGUCGCUGAAAUUGACAUCCGCUUUUCGUUAUAGGAAGGACGGGCGUUUGACUCGAUCUUUAGGUUAUCCGACAGAUGAAAUCCAGAAACGCAUGCGUGUUGCACAGGAAAUAUACGUGGAAUUGAUUGCACAAGGACGCAUAUGGAGCUUGCUCUUCUAUAUGGGUGUCGAUGCAAGGUGGCGCGUCGGCCUUGGGCUUGCUAAGGGUAGCUUGCCGGCGCGUCCAAAAGCUCUACUUAAGGUCAAGGCCCAGAACGAGAAAUCUGCAGAUCUGCAGAUACACUUCGAACCAAAGAAGGAUCAUUUUCUUGUACCUGAGGGCGAUAUCAUAUAUACAGACUCCGAUGGUGCCCUGCAAGCAACGUUGGAGGAGUCCGUGGAGGAUGCAGCUGAAGGAUGGUCAGAUAUGUCUAGUUACGGUCUCACUCUUUUUUUUAAAGUAUCACCCGUUGGAGCGACAUUUCUAGCCAAUUCAUACAGAAUUACUGCUUCCGGUUACCCUACAACUUGCUUGGCAUUGGAUUACUUCAUGUCGGAUAUCCAACCAGCUCACCACACAAAACACCUGCCUGUUCUUGCAUAUCCGUUUAAUAGUGUGGCAUUCCAUCUUGUCCAGCGAGAUGACGGUGCAAGCAACGGGACUGCUUUGUGGCUUGGUGCCCAAGUCCUAUCCGUCUACCUAUCUGCCGAAUUCAAGGGCAAAUCCAGGAAGACCAUUGAGACUGGAACAGAUAAUGAUGCUUCGGUUCUAUACGAUACAGCACGCCCCAAGGCCGUAGAAUUGGGCAGCGGGAUCGGCCUCAUGGCUCUUGCGCUCGCAUCUCUGGGAUAUGAUGUCCUUGCUACAGAUACCAUGCAAAUCUGUGCAUCCGUUCUGCGUUCCAACGUCAAUGCCAAUGCGCAUCUCGUCCCUGGACGUGUCCAUGUACGUGAACUGGACUGGGGUGUCGACCCUACAGGAUGGAUAUGGGACGAUCCUGUAUCGAUCACAUCGCCAGCACCUUCAGGUUUGCCAAGGGGCGGUGACAGCCGCGAUUUCCUCGCCCCGCCAUUUGAUCUGAUUGUGUCGAGCGAUACGAUCUAUGAUACGGCACUUGUUGCUCCUCUAUUCGAGACGAUUCGUGCGCUUUCUGCUCUUUCAUCUGCUUCCGUUCUCUCCCCGUCAUAUUCACUUUCCGGUAUCGAAGUACCACCUGCACCCCCUUCCAAAUCCCCUGGAAUUCCAACCUGCAAGCCUCCGGUCAUCUACCUUGCUGUUGAGAGGCGCGACCCAACAUUCGUCACGGCCGCAUUUAGACGUGCUAGUGAGGAGUGGGGACUUUUGUUCCAGCGCGUCCCCGAGAAGAGGCUAAGGCGUGCCGGUGUUGGUGUAGGGUGGGACGCUGGGGAAUGGGAGGGCGUAGAGGUGUGGCGUGGAAGGUGGGAUGGGGUCACUGGGGCUGUCAAGUAA